AUGGACGACCUCUACGACGAGUUCGGAAACUUCAUAGGCGAGGCCGAGUCCGAGGAAGAGUCGGACCAUGGCGUGCAGGCAGCAGACGCGUACGUCUACGAUGACCAGCCGAUAGACGAGGAUGAGGAGGAAGCACGGGACCAGCAGCUCAUGGAGGUGGACGCCGAUGGACCCUCCAAUGCUGUAGUACUGCACGAGGACAAGCAAUACUAUCCCACAGCGCAACAAGUAUACGGGCCGGAUGUGGAGACAUUGGUGCAAGAGGAGGAUACGCAGUCGCUGUCGCAACCCAUUAUAGCGCCCGUGGUGCAGAAGAAGUUCACAGUCCAGGAGGCCGACCUGCCGCCGGUGUUCUUUAAGCGGGAGUUCAUGACGGAUCUGAUGAACUUGCCCGAGCAGAUACGGAAUGUGGCGGUCGCUGGGCAUCUGCACCAUGGCAAGACAGCGUUCAUGGAUAUGCUAGUUCUGGAGACACAUGAUAUCCAGGACCGGCUGGAGAAGAAGACAGGCAGGAAGCGGGACGAGCAGCUGCGGUAUACGGAUGUGCAUGUGCUGGAGCGGGAAAGGGGGCUGUCGAUCAAGGCAUCGCCGAUGAGCCUGGUCUUGCAGGGGACAAAGGGCAAAUCGCAUCUGUUCAACAUCAUAGACACACCCGGACAUGUGAACUUCGUCGACGAGGUCGCCUCAUCACUACGGCUUGUUGACGGUGUGGUUCUUGUUGUCGAUGUUGUCGAAGGUGUUCAGGUGAACACUGAGCAGAUCAUUAAGCACGCCAUACUAGAAGACUUACCGCUGGUUCUGGUGGUCAACAAAAUGGAUCGGUUAAUACUGGAACUUAAGCUUCCGCCAGCAGACGCCUACUUCAAGCUCAAACAUGUCAUCGAGGAGGUCAAUACGGUGAUAGAAAACACCAUACCCGGGCGAGGCGAGAGGCGGCGUGUGAGUCCUGAGAAAGGCAACGUCGCGUUUGCUUGUACAAGCAUGGGGUGGUGUUUCACCUUACAAUCAUUUGCAAAGAUGUACGCGGACAGCUACGAAAAAGUCAAUGCUGAUGAUUUUGCUUUGCGGCUAUGGGGCGACAUCUUCUUCAAUCCGCGAAGUCGCAAAUUCACGCGAAAGGCCAUGGAAGACGGGUCGAAGCGAUCAUUUGUCAACUUCGUUCUUGAGCCGAUUUACAAGCUGUACUCGCACACAAUCAGCGAGAGCCCAGAGGACCUCAAGGAUACAUUGGCUACGCUGGGCAUCCAUCUCAAGCCGUCACAGUACAAAAUCGAUGCGAAAGACCUCCUGAAGCUAGUAUGCGGACAGUUCUUCGGUCCAGCACACGGCUUCGUGGACAUGGUAGUCGAGCACAUCCCCUCGCCUCUCUCUGGUGCCCAGCGAUUGCUCGAGCGCUACUACGCCGGCCCCCUCGACACGACAACCGCCACCGCAAUGUCAUCCUGCGAUCAAGAUGGCCCACUCAUCGUCCACAUCACCAAGCUCUUCAACACCACCGACGCAAAAGCCUUCCACGCCCUCGGCCGCGUCAUGAGCGGCACCGCGCGGCCCGGCGACGCCGUUCGCGUCCUAGGCGAGGGCUACACGCUCGAGGACGAAGAGGACAUGGUGUCCGCCGUCAUCGACAACACCUUCAUCGGCAACUCGCGCUACAACAUCCCUGUCAGCGGCGUCCCGGCUGGGAACUGGGUCCUGAUGUCGGGUGUGGAUAACUCCAUUGUCAAGACCGCCACGCUCGUCGCGCCGAAGCUGCCUAAUGGCGAAGACGCGUACAUCUUUAGGCCGGUCAAGCACUUCUUCGAGAGCGUUUUCAAGGUCGCAGUCGAGCCAAUCAACCCAUCUGAGCUCCCGAAGAUGCUGGACGGGCUGCGCAAGAUCAACAAAUCUUACCCGCUCGUGACGACGAAGGUCGAGGAGUCGGGCGAGCACGUUGUUCUUGGCACUGGGGAGCUCUAUAUGGACUGCGUGCUGCACGACCUCCGUCGUCUCUACGCCGAAAUGGAGAUCAAGGUCUCCGACCCCGUGACCAGGUUCUGCGAGACGGUGGUUGAGACGAGCGCGAUAAAAUGCUAUGCCCUGACGCCGAACAAGAAAAACAAGUUGACCAUGGUUGCCGAACCGCUGGACCCGGGCAUCGCGGAGGACAUCGAGGCCGGCAAGGUCAACAUCAAGGAUCCGGUGCGGAAGGUGGGCAAGUUCUUCGAGGAGAACUACGGCUAUGACUUGCUGGCCUCCAGGAACAUCUGGGCGUUCGGACCGGAUGAUAUGGGUCCCAAUAUUCUGCAGAACGACACGCUGCCGAGUGAUGUAGAUCAGAAACUGCUAAAGUCCGUCAGGGACAGCAUCAAACAGGGGUUCAGCUGGGCGACUAGAGAGGGUCCGCUGUGCGAGGAGCCGAUUCGGAACACUAAAUUCCGCAUCAUGGAUGUGAGUCUGGCGCCGGAACCGAUACUAAGGGGUGGCGGGCAGAUCAUCCCAACAGCGAGGAGGGCCGCGUACUCGAGUUUUCUGAUGGCGAGCCCGAGGCUCAUGGAGCCGGUGUACGAGUGCAGCAUGAUUGGUCCUGCGGAUGCGGUGAGCUCGCUGUACACGGUGCUGGCGAGGAGGAGAGGGCACGUGCUGCAGGAUGGGCCGAUUGCUGGGACGCCGUUGUACAGUGUUAAGGGGUUAAUACCUGUCAUUGACUCGUUUGGUUUUGAGACAGAUCUUAGGAUCCAUACUCAGGGCCAAGCAACCGUGUCCCUUGUUUUCGACAGGUGGUCCAUCGUUCCCGGUGAUCCGCUGGACAAAGACAUCAAGCUUCGCCCGCUUGAGCCGGCGUCUGCGCAAGCUACUGCGAGGGAUUUUGUACUCAAGACAAGGAGGAGGAAGGGCCUGGCGGAGGACGUGACGAUCAGCAAGUUCUUGGAACCGGAGCUAUUUAGGAGUCUGAAGGAGAGUGGGAUUCUGGACGGUUGA